AUGGCCGGGGUGACCAUCCCUCUUGCCCGAGAAAUUGAGACUCCAAGUACACAUCCUCACAAAUAUAAUUUAUUUCCCUUUUCUUCAAUAUUUCCCAUUUUACCAAUCCCUGACUAUAAAAAAACGCUAAUUAUAACUUUUUUCCCCCCACAUUUCAGGCCCAAUGCGUGCGUAGUGGAGGAAAUCCCGAACAGCAACACUGAAUUUUGGACCGAAUGUCGAUACUGGAGAAGUCGGAAAAUCUGCGGAAAGAAAACACGCAUCCGAUUCGAGUGCUGCGAAGGCUUCAGCAGGAUCGACGAUGAGGUCGGCUGCACGAGAGUGAAGCCGCUGAAGAACCUGCUGGAGACGGCGGAGGCGCUCGGGGCUACCAAGUGGGCCGACUACAUCCGGGAAUCCGGGCUGGCCAACGAGCUCGAGACCGCCGGCGCCUACACGCUCUUCGCGCCCACCAACCAGGCCUUCAGCAACCUGCGGCGGUCCCUGAAGAGCCAGAUGGAGUCCUACCGAGGGAACCCCAACAACCCCAUCCUCCUGUACCACAUCCUGCCGACGAAACUAAAAUCGGACGAGUUCAAGGCCAACCUCAUGGCGGAGACGAGGCACCAGGGCCACAACGUCAGGAUCAAUAAGUACUCCAACGGGAUGACGACCAUCAACUGCGCUCUCCUCAUCAGGAAGGACCAGCAGGCCACCAACGGCAUCGUCCACGUCAUCGACAACGUUCUGGAUCCUUCCGUGGGCAUCUUGCAGAACGUUGCAGACAUGGUGCUCAACGACGGACGUUUCUCCGUGCUCGCCGACAUCCUGGAGAAGAGCGGCUACAUCAACGUGCUCAGGACGAUGCAGGAAUCCAUCACCAUCUUGGCCCCGUCCGACGAAGCCUUCCAGAAGCUUCCGGAAUCCAGGCGGGAGAAGAUCAUCAACGACCGGGAAGCCAGGAUGGCUCUGCUGCAGAACCACGUGAUCCCGCACGUGAUCUGCGAGUCCGCCAUCACGGGCGAGCACCGCGUCCGCACGAUGCUCGACAGCAAGGUCAGCUUCAACUGCGACAUCGCGGGAGCCUACGUCGAGAACACCAAACUUCGCGGCAACUUCAACCUCGGCAAGAACGGCAUCAUCCACAUGAUCGACGACGUGCUUCUGCCCGACCGAGCCAAGAACCUCAUCGAACUCGCCGAGAGCCGCAACCUCUUCACCUUCGUCGAGCUCGUGAAGAAGGCGGGGCUGGAGGAGACGCUCAGCCACACCGGGGACUACACCUUCUUCGUGCCCGAUGAGGCCGCCUGGUAUUCCCUGGACUCCGAGGUGCUGAGCGCCGCCCGCCGUGACCUCGAGCUGGCCGGUCAGCUGGUGCGCUUCCACGGGGCGUAUGGCAGACACCUGACCAACGCCAUCACUGAUAACCAGGCCAUCAUGUCCCUGGACGAGGAGAACCCCGUCCGCCUGCAGGUGUGGCGCCGCGCCCUUGGGGUGGAGGACGCCAAGAUCACCGAGAAGGACAUCGAGGCCCAGAACGGCGUCAUCCACAUCAUCAACAAGGUGAUCGUGCCGUCGAACCAGUCGGUGCAGGACAUUCUGAGGGUCAUCCCGCAGCAGAGGUUCAACAUCUUCCUGGAGGCGCUGCAGCAGGCGUCGUCGCAGGAGAACUCGGUGCUGAGCCUGGGCCCCGGCGACGAGGUCUUCUACACCUUCUUCGUCCCUCCUGACUCGGCCUUCAGACAGCUCAAUGCGGCAACCCUUUCCAAGAUCAAGCAGGAUGACCGCUACCUCAUGGAGCUGAUCAAGAGCCACAUCGCCGUCAACAUGUUCCCGGCUACGUCCUUCGAGGAAAACCUUGUCUACACCGUCGAGGGCAUGGCGGGCCCCUUCGACAUCAAGAAGACGUCGGCGAAUAGCAUCACGGUCAACGGCGCCUCCGUCACCUCCUCCCACAUGAGCGCCAAGGGCGUCAUCCACGUGAUCGACAAGGUCUUCCUUCCGGAGAACUCGUACACCUACUCUACCUACAAGACGACCAGCUCCUCCUCGUCCUCCCGGGGAUCUGGGAGAAGCUCUUAUUCCUCGUCGUCGUCCUCCUCCUCGUCCUCUUCCUGGGGGUCGAGCAAGUCCUCGCGCAGGACCUACAAGAAGACAGUGACCUUAGCGGAGACUUACGGGGACGAAGGCAGGGAUGACAGCCUGCCUGCCUUCCCACAAGGUACCGUGUUCCCCUCCUCCUCCUCCUCCUCCCCCACCGCUAGAGCCAAACGCAGGAAGACCUCGAGGGGAUACAGGAGAAGAAAAGCAUUCUCUUCUCCCUCCUCCACCCGCCCCUCCUCAGGAGUAACAACCACUAGCCCAACUACCUCCCCAGAUGACACUUGGAGUAACACCCCUGACGACUCCUCCUUUGGUGAACUGGAAGAGACUCACCUCCAGGGCUCGGGAUUCUCAGCACGCGAAUCGGAGGCCUCACAAAAUUCUCUCACCACUAGUACCUCCCACUCUUCCUCUUCGUCCUCCUCCUCUUCUACUCCCUCCUCUUCUACUUCCUCCUCUUCUUCUUCCUCCUCCUCCGCCGCCUCCUCCUACAGUGGCCAGGACUCAUAUGACGUCCGGGAGCCUUACUCUACCACAGAGCCAGGACUAACCAGGUCUUCCUCCCGAGCCUCCUCACGCAGGACUCACAAAGGCAAAAAACAUGGUGGUGGGUCCUACACUGAACGUGAAGGUUCUUACUCCUCCUCUUCAUAUACACCAUCAUCUUCCUCAUCGUCCUCGUCACACAUUUAUGACUUUGAAACACAAAUAACACGGACUGAGGAGGGUGAAGCCAAAGACUCGGACACAGGCCACGAAACAUAUGGGAGUUCCACAACUUACGGCUAUGACGAUGCCUCACUACACAGUGGCAAUGACGUGUAUGAGGACACGUCUUCCUCACGUCAAGAUGAGUCAGGUUCCCAUGGCAUUUCAUCCUCUUCCAGGGACAGAGGGAACACAAACACACACGACAGAUCUUCAACGCAUGUCAGUGACGAGUUUGAGCUCAGCAGACGAAGUGAGUUUGCCAAUACAAACAGCAAUGAUAUAAGUGAAUCAGCUGUUUCAUCAUCUGAUUUGGGACGCAAUGAAUUAGAUUUGUCAUAUGAUGGAAAUGAAGAACGGAGAACGAGUUCGGACUCUGAUGCACGAGUCGACACCACUACACAAUACACUCGGUAUGCUGGCACUCGCACAAGAUACAGAGGGAGUAACACAGACACACGACGCACUGGAACUGAUACAACAACAUACAGGGGAUCUGAUACUAGAUAUACAGGAUCUGACUCAGAUAGACGACACACUGAAGCAGAUACCAGAUACACCGGUACUGAUACUAGAUACACUGAAACUGGUACAAGGUAUACAGGUACUGAAGCAGAUACACGACGCACUGGAACUGAUACCAGAUAUACCGGUGUUGAUACUAGAUACACUGAGACUGGUACAAGGCAUCCAGAGAGUGAAACGGACACACGACAUGCUGGAACCGAUAUAGAAAACACUGACACCAGAUAUACAGGAUCUGACACAGAUAGACAACACACUGAAACAGAUACCAGAUACACAGGCACAGAUACUAGAUAUAGGGGUACAGACACCAGAUAUACAGGUUCUGACACAGAUAGACGACGCACUGGAACUGAUACCAGAUACACUGGUACUGACACACGAUACACUGAAACUGGUACAAGGUACACAGGAACUGAAACAGUCACACAACGCACUGGAACUGAUACCAGAUACACAGGAUCUGACUCCAGAUAUGCAGAAUCUGACACAGAUAGACGCCGCACCGGAACUGAUACCAGAUACACUGGUACUGACACUAGAUACAGUGAAACUGGUACAAGGUACACAGGGACUGAAGCAGACACUCGAUACACUGGGACUGAUACAAGGUACACAGGAACUGAAACAGUCACACAACGCACUGGAACUGAUACCAGAUACACUGAUACUGAUACACGAUACACUGAAACUGGUACUAGGUAUACAGGUACUGAAGCAGACACUCGAUACACUGGAACCGAUACAAGAUAUAGGGGUACAGAUAUCAGAUAUACAGGUUCUGACACAGAUAGGCGACGCACCGAAACAGAUACCAGAUACACAGGAACUGAUACAAGGUACACUGACUCUGAUGCAGAGACUGAAGCAGACACACGACGCACUGGAACUGAUACCAGAUAUACAGAAUCUGAUGCAGACAGACGGCGCACGGAAACAGAUACCAGAUACACAGGAACUGGAACCAGAUACACAGAAUCUGACACAGACAGACAACGCACGGAAACAGAUACCAGAUACACUGGCACAGAUACUAGAUAUAGGGGUACAGACACCAGAUAUACAGGUUCUGACACAGAUAGACGACGCACUGGAACUGAUACCAGAUACACUGGUACUGAUACACGAUACACUGAAACUGGUACUAGGUAUACAGGGACUGAGGCAGACACUCGAUACACUGGGACUGAUACAAGAUAUAGGGGUACAGAUAUCAGAUAUACAGGUUCUGACACAGAUAGACGACGCACUGAAACUAACACAGGGUAUACAGGGAGUGAUGCACACACCCGAAACAAUGAAAAUGACACUAGAUACACAGGCACUGACACAGACACACGCUACACUUUGACAAGACAUACUGGAACUGAUAUGAGGUACACGGGAACUGGCACAGACGCACAGCACUCAGAAGGAGAUACAAGCCACACUGGAGAAGAUACAAGAUACACAGGGACUGACCGAGGCACCCAACAUACUGGAACAGACACACGAUAUACUUUAACAACUAGAAGAUACUAUAGAAAUGGUACAGAAAUUACAGGAACAGAUGCAGACUCAUGGUACACUGGAAAUGAUUCGAGGUAUGCAGGGGAAAACACAGAUACAAGGUACCAAGGGACAGACAUACGAUACAAUGGAACAGACACACGCUACGGUAUUGGAACAAACACACAUUAUUCUGGUACAGGCACAAGAUACACAGAAAAUGGUACACGUUAUUCUGGCUCAGGUGUAGACUCAAUACUUGAUUACUUCAACCGUACAGGUUACACUGGCUAUGCCGGUGGUUCUGGAACAGGUGCAGACUCAACACUUUCUUACUUCAACCGAACAGGCUACACUGGCUAUGCCGGUGGUUCUAGCACAGGUGCAGACUCGAGGCUCAGCUACUUCAACCGAACUGGCUUCCCUGAAGGCUCUGGCUCUGGUAUUAACAAUGUAGCUGGUGCACGUGGCGGCUACUCUACUUCCACCUCCUCCAGGACUUACACUUACCAUUACUCAGGUGGCUCCGGACAGCCAGGUGGCUCGCUAACGCAUGGGGAUCUCCAGCCACUGCCCACUGGUGGCUUCAGAACUUACAACUCAACCACCAUUCACCGUGAGACUACAGAUGGUCCAAGCAGCCCAGAUGGGGGGAGGUUCAGUUACGUGGGCCAUCCCUAUGGUUCGGAUGUGAUAGGACACACUGAUACAGUAGGUGAUGAUAAGGCUCUGCCAUUCACCCUCGGGCAGGCAGAGUCUGGCACAGCGUCAGGAAGUACCACCCAAGGGGGGACUGCCGGGUUUGGAACUAACACCUACCACUACAAAUACUCCUCGCAUGCUGAAGAUAAUGGGCCUAUAAGGGGAGACAAUGCUGUUGCUAGUGGGGGUAUCAGCAGUAGUAGUAGAAGUAGCAGCCACAGAAGCAACAGCCAUAGGAAGUAUGGCGUCAGAACCCACACCGUAGUGACGUACCCAGCCACUGUGGAGACUCACUCACGCAGCACAAAGACGUACACAUUUGGCAGUGGUGGUAAACCCCGAUCGUCUUCUGUUUCAGCCUACGCCUUCACAGGAGACGACACGGAGUACGCCGACGGCACCGAGUUCGCCGAGGCCAAAACCGGAGACGAAGAGGCCGUUUCCCGCAAGGAGGCCGUUUCCCUCCGCCGCCGCUGGCGCACCAAGCGUCACCAGAAGCGCGCAGAAGGGAGGAGGCGCCGCGGCCGCAAGGGGGGGAGGCGCAGGGGGGGGAGGCGCAAGGUCGCAGCCGAGCAAUAACCUGACGGAGGCGCCGCCGUGGUGUUGCCGGAACAAGAACAGGACAAGAACACCACAAGAGCGUUAAGAGACGGCCGAGCGCGGGCGUCGUUUGCCCCGUAGGACGCGCCCUCGGGCUCUGUCUCGCACGUAUCACUGCCCGCACCCUCUCCUCCAGUAUUUUAAGAGAACAUUAUCAUUUCUGAAUGAAUAACACAAUAUUAAGAGAAACAUGGUUACUUAUUUUACGUAUUUAAUCACAAUAUAUUACGUGGCGACCUGCAGUAGAUCUUUCCUUGUACAGUAGAGAUGUUUAGUGUAAGUUUGAGAGAUGUUUGAGUUUUAAGUUCCUCGCUCAUGCCUGUAUACUGGUGCUUUAGUCAGUAAGUGUCAAGUUACUUUUAGUCAGUUAAAAUCAUCCUAACAUGUAUUGUUAUAUCUUUAAUAAAACGUGAAAAUGUUUGAUUAA